UCAGACAGCACUAAAUCUACGCAAGGAUGUAGCGCUGCUCUUUUACGCUGCGGCGCUAUAUCUCGAACCGAUAUAAUACCCUGGAAACGGCCGUAAGGACGCAUGGACCCAGACCGCGACGGAAUCACGUCAUAAAAUUCCGAGACUUGCGUAAUACCAACGGGAAUUCCACUCUAAAAGACGCUUGGACUCGCGCUGCACUCUCCCUCCUUCACCUCACAUUCCUUUGCUUGUUCCACCCAUGCCGACCCUCAAUGAAAAGCACAAUGCCGAGAUUCAAUUUGAGACUCCCGAAUGCAUUGUGGAGAGAAAGCAAACGCCGCUUCCCGUUCAUGUUCUACCUGAAGCCGCGCUAGUUGCUGACGGAGGACGUGAGGCCUGGGGCACAGUGGUCGCAUCUUUCUUGGUUAUGUUCUGCAGCUUCGGGUACAGCAGCUCCUUUGGUGUCUAUCAAGACUUCUACGCUCGGACGUACUUGGACAACUACUCUUCGUCUUCGAUCUCAUGGAUUGGGAGCGUCAACAUCUUUAUCCUGCUCUCAGGCGGAUUCGCCGCUGGGCGCCUGCACGAUCAAGGCUACUUCUACUAUCUGAUGUUCGGAGGCUGCUUACUGACGUCGCUGUCUCUGUUUAUGCUGUCGCUCGCUCAGCCAAACCACUUUUACCAAGUUUUCCUCACUCAGGGAGUCGCGAAUGGAAUCGGCGCAGGCAUGACCUAUGUGCCAUGCAUGGCCGUUCUAUCACAUCACUUCCAGAAGCGUCGAGCGCUGGCCAUGUCCAUCGUUGCUUCCGGCUCCUCUUUAGGGGCCGUUAUCCACCCGAUCAUGCUCAAUCAUACAUUGCACAGCGGACUGAGCUUCGGCAAUGCCGUCCGCGUUAGCGCCGGUCUCAUCUCCGGGCUGUUGCUCUUCGCAUGUUUGCUGUUCCGCACGCGACUCGCUCCCCCCAAGCAAACGAUUCAUCUCCGUCAUAUCUUGGUCAAGUUUGCCCGGGAUAAAGCCUACGUCACAGCGACUCUGGGGCUCUGUGUCUACACAGUCGGCUUCUACUAUCCACUCUUUUAUCUCCAACUUGACGCAGUGCAACACGACCUUGAUCCAUCCUUUGCCUUCAAUGCACUGGUGAUCAUGAACUCGUCGAGUUUCCUUGGCCGACUCGCCCCGGGCUUCUUUGCUGGACGACUGAAUCCCAAGACCAUGAUGGCCAUCAGCACGGCCUGUGGGGCCAUCCUGAUCCUCGCGAUGAUGGCCCUCAGGAACAUCGCCAGUGUAGUGACCAUCGGUGUCUUGUACGGCUUCUGCGCAGGAUGCAGUGCGUGUCGUCCCUCUCUCGUGCAGCAGGGCCUGAGCUGUCCGCACGUCACAGUCGUCACUCUCGUGGGCCCGCUCUUCGCUUCUCUCACCGACGACAUGUCCGAGCUGGGUGCUCGGCUUGGUCUCUGUACUUCCCUGAGUGGACUCGGAAUCCUGAUCGGCCCUCCCCUCGACGGCAUGCUAUUGACAGACAAGUUCUACUGGUGGCGUCCUGCUCUCUUCAGUGGGAUUAUGGCCGCCGUUGGAUGCGCACUGUUCCUGCUCAUGUUCGUUCUCCACAGGAAGAAGAGAGCAGCCGGAGUCGUUGUCGAAUUGGCCUUGGUCCAUGUCGACGCCCACAAGUGCUAGAUCUAUGCUCUGCUUGUCGAGUUUGUACAUCUAUCUAUAUUUACCACACAUACGCUCUCGGGCCGGGCCGGUACCCGGCAACUCCUAAUGCCUAUCAUAAUCAUACCGUCAUUCAUCACCUUCUGUGAGGCAGUCCCACUGGUUGCCCGGCGCCAUGUCGACGUCCUCUGGCUCUCAGCCUCAGGUAACCUCCAGUGCACCGUCGCCAGGCGGCGGUGGCGGCACCGACAGCACUUUUCCUGGUCCCGGUGCAGGGAACCCCAAGCUGUAUAUUUAUACCUUCCUCUCCACGGUCGUGGUGCUCACCGUAGCCACUGCUUUCCUCGUCCUGCGCACGCACCUCGCGCGGAGGAGGAUACAACGCGCGAUAGCCAAUGGGACCUUCGUAGCGCCUGGACAGCCUGGGAACGCGAAGCCAGUGACGCUGCUGCGGAGGCCAAAGAUGUACGACGUGUAUGUUGACGAAAAGGCGGAUGGGAAGGGUUGUUGGGAGGCAUUGCAUCCCGUCGCGGCUUUGGAUACCUCACUGUUGUACACGAAGCCGCCAGGGCCGGUGGAAAGUCCGAGCAACCACGCGGACCAAAGUCCACCGAGCAGGCGUCCAUUCACGCUGCGCACUCUGCUCAGACCGAUUCGUGCCGUCCGAGAAUCUCAGCUUCCAGAUUCUUUCUCCCCCCGUUCCGACGACCACUCCCCUCCUGCCGAGGCCGAGAUGUCCAAUCCAGCUUCCCCUUCCUCUCCUCCUUCUCCUCCCGCUCAACUCUGCGUCGCGGUGUUGGUCCACAUGCCCGACUCCCUGGCUGGCUGCAACAACGCUUGCGAUGCGCGGCGCAACGCCAAGGGAGACGAUAACGAAGAUCUGCCGUGUUAUGAGAUGGGAUUCGUUGAUGCCCGGGUUCUACGGCCAAUGCAAGUUGACUGAUCGUGUGUAAUACUAGUAGUCU